GACUGCUUUCAGGAAGUGAUUUCUCGCGGUUUUAGAGCUGAGCCUCAACUACUAAUCAUUUCAUGCAGAAAACCACAUUCUAAAAGCGCAUCUCUCCUCGGGCACUGAAACAUUAAGCAGAGAUGCCUCGGUCCUUCUUGGUGAAGAGCAAGAAGGCGCACAGUUACCACCAGCCCCGGAGCUUUGAGGAUGACUACAGCAGGCUGGACACGAUUCUGGCGCACAUAUGCUCAGAACCAGAUAAGCUCCCAGAAGAAGACACCGACCUGUCGGUGGACACCUACGGCCUCUCCCCGGACUCCCAUCUGGGCGACGCCGCUGAUUUCUCUCCCAAGUCUCCCCUGAGCUGCGCCGACAGUCUGUGCGGCCGCUCCCCGGAAUACGAGGACUUCUGGAGGCCUCCGUCUCCAUCUGCGUCUCCGGUUGAUUCUGAGAAGUCCCUCUCUCCUCUGGUGGAUGAGACUCAGCCCUUCACCGUCCCCUUCCGGCCGUACGCCUGGAGUACCUACUCGAGGCCCCUGGUGCAGCAGAGCCUCCAUCAUGGAGGUCUGGAAGUGGACAGAGGCCCGGCAGCCAUGGCUUUCUACGGAGACAGAGGAGCCCAUCCGGCCCUGUAUGCAGACCGGGCUCUGGGUGAAGAAGCUUAUGGUGACUACAGGAGGCACGCUGCCGCUGCUGCUGCUGCUGCUCUGCUGUUUCCUGAUGCAGGUCUGAGCGGAAAAAGCCACAACGCAAAGGCCCAGUCUGACCUGCUGUGUUCUAGUCUCAUCCUCAACGGUGCCUACAAGUGUAUCAAGUGCAGUAAGGUGUUCUCCACCCCGCACGGUUUAGAAGUCCACGUUCGCAGAUCCCACAGUGGCACCAGGCCAUUUGCGUGUGAAAUCUGCGGUAAAACCUUCGGACACGCAGUGAGCUUGGAGCAACACAAAGCCGUGCACUCUCAGGAAAGAAGCUUCGACUGCAAAAUAUGCGGUAAAAGUUUUAAGCGGUCAUCCACACUGUCGACUCAUCUGCUCAUUCACUCCGACACGCGACCCUACCCCUGCCAGUACUGCGGUAAAAGGUUCCACCAGAAGUCAGACAUGAAGAAACACACCUUCAUUCACACAGGUGAGAAGCCGCACAAAUGCCAGGUGUGUGGAAAAGCCUUCAGUCAGAGCUCCAACCUCAUCACACACAGCAGGAAACACACCGGAUACAAACCGUUCGGCUGCGACCUCUGCGGCAAAGGUUUCCAAAGAAAGGUGGAUCUGAGGAGACACAAGGAGACGCAGCACGGACUGAAAUGAAGCAUCGCCAAAAAAAAAAAAAAAAAAAAAAAAAAACUCCACAAAAAAAACACAUCUCCAGUGUCUGACUUUAAAAUAUUUAAAUGAAACGAGUGAGGAAAAUCUGACAAAGACGUUUUAAUGCCUUUCCCCGUCCAGUCGUCCAGCUUGAGGACAUUUUCUAAAAAAUCAAAUUCCACUUUGAUCGACUUUUAGCUUUGUCAAAGUGAACUGAAAAUGUAUUUAAAGGUUGCAGAUGUUUUUAUUUAUUUUAUUAAGGAAAAAGAGUAAACGAACGAUCCUGCGGUGUGAAGACAUCAGCAACACUAAACCUCCUGCAGGUUGAUAUAAAGGCCCAGAAAACCAGAGAUAAGCUGUGAACUGUAAAUGAAAUAACAAUGCAGAUGUGAUUUGAUGAAGCACGAUAACAUUUAUUUAUCGUGUGUAUGUCUUCAACCCAAAAUAUUUGUGCUCACACCCUUGGCUGGAAAGAGAUGAAAAUCUGCGCUCCUCCAAAGAACAGGUGUUUUGUUUUCAGCUGGCAGAGAUGCUGGCAAAACAGUGUGAUUUAACUAACAGGAGGGCCUCACUCUUAUCUUCCCUUUGUCCAUUUUGCACAUUUUCUUGUCCAAAUAAAUGUUUUUAUUUUGUCGUUUACAAAAUAAAACUUUCUUUUCCAUUGUA